CUUUACUUUAGCGUAACUACAGGAGUUGCGCGUAGUUUGCAUGAUGUUUUAAAUGUCUGACGCUUUGAAUGAGGUAAAGUUUCGAGGUUUUCGGUGGUCGCUCGUGUCUGGACCGUGUUUCCCGUCCGCGUGCAGGACGCACGCGGCUCCGUAGGACACUUUCUGAGAGAGUCGUGGUCGGGCCUGGUCGGGUUAUUUCCAUCACUGGCCGCGGCUAACGAGUCCUCAAACAGACAUGUCACUGGAGGACUACGAGAGACAUUUCGACUCGCUAAAUUCGGAUUUGGGCGGCGGGUCGGUGGUCAGCGAGCGCUCCGCCGCGAGCACGUUUAAUGUUGGCGAAGAGGAGAAGCUGCAUUACAUUCCGAUCCGGAUCCUGGGGAGGGGGGCGUUCGGAGAAGCCACUCUCUACAGAAGGACAGAGGACAACUCUCUGGUGGUAUGGAAGGAAGUGGACCUGAACUCGCUCUCCGAGAAGGAGCGCAGAGACGUGAUGAACGAAAUAAGCAUCCUCUCCAUCCUGGAGCACAAGAACAUCAUCGCCUACUUCAAUCAUUUCAUAGACAAAAACACUCUGCUCAUUGAGCUGGAGUACUGCAAUGGAGGGAACCUGUAUGAUAAAAUCCUCCAGCAGAAGGGGAAGCUGUUCAGUGAGGAGGUGGUCGUCUGGUACCUGUACCAGAUCGCCUCUGCCGUGGCCCACAUUCACAAAGCCGGGAUCUUACACAGAGACAUUAAAACGCUCAACAUUUUCCUGACCAAGACAGACCUCAUCAAGCUGGGCGACUACGGCCUGGCAAAGAAGUUAGACUCUGAGUUUUCAAUGGCUGAAACUUGUGUGGGAACGCCGUAUUACAUGUCGCCCGAACUGUGCCAGGGAGCAAAGUACAACUUCAAAUCGGACAUCUGGGCCAUGGGCUGCGUGCUUUCUGAAGUCUUAACGCUGACCAGAACAUUCGACGCCACGAACCCGCUGAACCUCUGCGUGAAAAUAGUCCAGGGCAACUGGACGAUGGAGGUGAACGCCGACGUUUAUUCAUCCGCUCUGAUCAAGCUGGUGUACGAAUGUCUGGAUCAAGAUCCUGCAAAAAGGCCCACAGCUGAUCACAUCCUGGAGCUUCCGUUUAUCUCCUGCUGCCGACAGGAGCUGGAAGAGCGAGUCACCUUGCUGAAUUUAGCCAUGAAGAAGCCAAAGCUGAGCACGGUGACGGAGACCCCGGUGGCCGUGGUGACCACACGCUCCAGGGAGGUGUACUUCUGGGGCGGAGGGAAGUUCACCCCUCAGAAGAUAGACGCGUUCAAGGGAGGCAGCAGCGCCCAGCAUGUGUGUGCUGGAGAGAGUCACUUUGCAGUGGUGACGGUGGAAAAGGAGCUGUACACCUGGGCGAAUGUCCAAGGUGGGACCAAGAUGGUGGGCCAGCUGGGCCACGGAGACCAGUCCUCGUACCGGCAGCCCAAGAAGGUGGAGAAGCUGCAGGGGAAGGCCAUCCGGCAGGUGGCCUGCGGGGCCGACUUCACGGCCUGCGUCACGGACGAGGACCAGAUGUACAUGUUCGGCUCGGACUACUACGGCUGCAUCGGCGUGGAGGGCGAGAUGGGCAUGGAGGUCCUGGAGCCGGUGCUCCUGGAGUUUUUCGAGGAGCGGCCCGUCCGCCAGGUCUCCUGCGGAGACAACCACGUGGUGGUGCUGACCCAGAACGGCGAGAUCUACUCGUGGGGCUGCGGGGAAUAUGGGCGUCUUGGCCUGGAAUGUGAGGAUGACUUUUCUUCCCCGAUGCAAGUGGAGCUUCCCAAAGGCGCCGGCAUCUCUUCGGUGUCCUGCGCUGGAGAUGGAACCUUCCUUUUGACCGAGACGGGCAGAGUGCUGGCCUGUGGAAACAAUGAGUUCAAUAAGCUGGGGCUGAAUCAGGGAAUCUCUGGGCUCAAAAACCACCCAGAGGGCUACCAGGGGAUCCCGUACAUCACCACGCUGACCUUGGUGAAGCAGUUAGCGCGAUUUAAGAUUCAGACCAUCGCUCCAGGGAAGAACCACACGGCUGCUAUUGACGAACGCGGCCGUCUGAUCACGUUUGGCUGCAACAAGUACGGACAGCUGGGCGUGAAAGACUUCAAGAAGCAUCAGAGUGUCCAGGUCCUGGUGGGGCCGUUUGGAGGGAAGCCAGUGAAGCAAGUGUCCUGUGGGGACGGGUUCACCAUCGCAGCGACUGAAGAUAAUCAGAUAUUUGCGUGGGGCAAUGCAGGGAACGGGAGGCUGGGAAUGCCGGCCGAUAAGGGCUUUGGCUCCGAGGUGUGUCCCGCCAUGCCGCGGCCCAUCUUCGGCUCCCUCCAUCACGUGCCCGACCUGUCCUGCUGCGGCUGGCACACCAUCAUCAUCAUGGAAAAAGUGCUGAACUCCAAAACCAUCCGGUCAAACAGCAGCGGACUCUCAAUCGGACUGGGACAGGAAGCUUCCUCCUCCACAGUGGAUCUGGAGCUGGAGCCCGGCUCGGAGACGGAGUGCCGUGACCGGGGUCUGGGAGGCACGCUGGAGGUCAACACCGAGGACUGCUUCCUGGAAACCCCCAUGAUGUCUCUGGCAAACCGGACGGGGGACAGCUCCUGUCCCCUCUGGCUGAGAAAGGAGCUGGAGGACGCAGAGUUCAUCCCCAUGCCGGACGACCCCGACCCGUCUCCGCCGGGCCAGCUCUCCUCCUUCUCUGACAAAGUCACUUUACCGUACGACACUCUGAAAGAGCUGAAAGCUGCAGGCAGAGGCCCAUCGGCUAAAAGGAUGAGCUUUGAUCGAGUCAAUGGACUGGAGGAGACCGGCAUCUUCACGGGGGAAUCUGUCCCCUGCUGCAGGGCAAGUUCAGAGGUGGCCGAGCUGCGGGAGACGAUCGCUCAGCAAGACCUGAGGAUCCAGAUGCUUGAAAAGCAGGUCAGCGAGCAGAAGAGGGAGAACGAAAAGCUCUGGGCGGCCAUCAGCCGCUCCGCGCUGCAGGAAUCAGGAUGCGACAGGAACGGGAACCAUCACUCCGACGGGGGAGGAGGAGGAGGAGGGAGGAGGGGCGGAGGACUGGCACACCACGGAGGGCGCUCUGCCGGGGCCAGCGUGUGAGACCGGACCGGCAGUCGGCCCGGCUGUGGGAGAAGUGUCAACGACUGUCGGCGCGCGCUGAGUUUAGAGUGGUUGGACAGGAGGCGGGGCUUCGGCGAGCGGUGCCGCGCACACGCCGUCCUCACCCCACUCGGUGGCGGCAGUCUAGAUGUUUAGCAGAGUGAUUGAUUACAGUUUGUUGUGUCUGUCAGAGUGGACGACACUGGCGGGGAUCACGCCAGUUUCUCCUCAGACUGAGAUGUUGGCUGGAUUCAACAUGAGGCGUCGGGGCGUCGAGCGGCAGCGCGCGAGCGUUCAGGUCUUCAUGUACGUGGUGUCGUUUGACGUGAGGGUUUCCUCCACACUGCCUCAAAUAUAGCGUUUGUCACAUACCAAGUAAGCUUUACCAACUUAUACAAAGAGAGGGGGAAAAAAAAAAAACCUUUUCCUGAUGAAUCCACAGCUUUACAGGACGUCAGCAGAAAGGCUUCAUCUUCCAGUGUGAAAGUAAAACUUUCAUCUGUCAGUCUUUACAUUGUGUUCAGAUUAUUUGAUAUUCUUAAACAGCUAAAGUGCCAAAUAUACAUAAAUAUAUAUGUAUACGAUAUAACCUCUUGUACCUUACGUAUUUAUCAAAAAGAUUUUUUUUUAUUUUUGGAAUAGUCACACAAUUUUUAGCAUUUUGGCUUUUUGCACCACCACUUUGGAUUUAAAACGAAACAUUUAAGAUGUACUUUAAGUGCAAAUUUUCAGCUUUAAUUUGAUUUUACAUCCAUUUAAAUCACUUUGAACAGAGUCGGAAUUGAAAUGCAUCUUAUGGCCUUUUAAAGGGACCAAAAUGAAUUGAUGGUAAUUGGCUGCUCUGUGAUUGUCUGAGCAUUUAGUCCAGAGGGAGCAGAUGGAGGUCUGGGUCAGGCCUGGACCUAUGAGGCCUGGGGGGCCGUAUGCGGCCGUUUAGCUCUGGUUAUUAACUUUAUUACAUCUGAAAUGGAGACAAUUCUCAUGCUAUUGGUCAUUAUCUUUACAUUAUCGGUUGAUUCUCGCACCUUGGCUGGCAGAGCUAGCAAUCGUUACCUCAGAAAGUUAGUAUUUAAAAAAUAAAAUGCGGUUAAUGAAAAAUACUGUUUGACAGACUAUAUUUUAGAAAAAAUGAAAUGAAUGGGAGAAAGUGACACUGAGCAACUGCAGCUCUUAAAACUUAUUUUAAAAAAAUUCUGUCUAAAGAUAGUAUAUAUAUAUAUUGAGCAAAACUUAAAAUCAAGAUGUGUCUGAACCCUCAAUAGUAUUUCUAAUUUUUUAAUGUGGCCCUUUGGGGAAAAUUAGUUCUCUACCCCUGGGAUCAAUCAAUCAACCAAACUUUAUUUAUAUAGCAGUUUUAGUACAACAAAUGCAGCACAAAGUGUUUUACAGGGUAAAAACAAAUCCCCACCCAUCCGUCCACUUUCUGCCAUUGUACAUGCGUAUAAAAGAUGUAUUAAUAGAUCAGUACAAAUUCUAAUGUCCUACAACAGGGAAAAAGGAAACAUUGGUGUUUUCACUCUCGAUGUGACAGUCAGUAUCUUUAAACAAGAAAAGCUAACCCUGAAAAGCAAAAUUCACUUCAUUUGGAUGUAAACGCCGUAAGGUUCAUUAGGUUAGUGCAGUUAGUUCAUCUACGGCUUUACCGCCUGCAAACAAACAGGAUGAAAUAAAGGAAACAAUAAGAUGGACUUUUAAAACAACGGGAUAAACGAGACAAUCCUGAUCCACCGUGGCAGUGCUGAAGUGUUAAAUCUUGUGUCAGACUAAAUAUUUCUGUAUUGAUUGUGAUGAUCUUUUGCAGAUAUGUGUGCUUGUUAAGCCUGCAUGUUGUUUUUCUUGCCAUAUUGAGUGUGAAACACGAAACUACUGAUUUUUUUUAAGUUUUUUUUUUCUUACCUGCCUCCUUUUACUGUUUAUCGUUUUAAGUGCAGCCCACGUCAGUCACUUUGUCAUUUCUGAUCACUUGAACUAUUUCCUUAGAGUUUUUAAAGUAUAGCUGACCUGAGGAGUGACUUUAUUUUUUAACCAUUUUUGUCCUUUUUUUUGGUACUUUCUGAAAUGUUUUCAUCACCUUGUGCCUCAUCUGUGAAAGCAACAUGUAACCUGAUUUGUUUGUGGUCUUCUGGGUUUGAGAUUGGCCUGUUCUGUGAUAUUCUGUUUCGUGUGUGUCUGUGUGUGAAUUUAAUUUCCAUCCAACCGCUUGUGGUCUCGUGAGCUGGACAGUGGAACACUGGUGGUAUUGUCAUGCAGUGAUCUGCAGCCUUAAUGAGAGAAGAAACCUGAGCUAGUCUUCAAAGAAUUGAUGCAAUUUUGAUGCUAUUGCCUUUGAUUUUGAUGUCUUUUUUUUUUUUACAAUGUGUUGAGCAUUUAAAGACGUGCCUUAGAAUGUUUUUCUAAUAUUGCAGAGACAUAACCGUUGUAUAAACUCCGCUUGUCUCACAGAUCUGUUGUUGCUUUCCUUACAAGCCAUAAAUAAAGCGACCUUUUAUCA